CCCGCUCAAUUUCUAAUUUCACGUUGUGAGUUUUGAAAAGCUCGUGCGGGCUUAAUAAUUACAUUAAUCAUUUCAUAUCGCGCUGCAUCCAUUUAGCCAAAAUAUACCGUAGUGGAUACGAACUGUGUAUUACACCAUUUAUUCGAAACUAUUAUCAUUCUCUUACCGAGUAUACAACUAUUUGUGGGCUUUUUUCUAACUUAUUAUUCAAAAGUUUUCCAACCAAGAUGUAUUGUAGAAUUACUGUACAGACAUAAGUUUAUUCAAAUCAACCUAAGCUUCCAACAAUUCAAUGUAAAUGGUCGCGCUAAAUUGAUUGGCGGGAAAAAUAAAUGUUACAAUAGUGGUAAAUAAUAAUGUAUUAUUGAGUAAAUUUAAAAUGAAAAAAUGGCAUAGUGUUGAACAUAAUGUGUGUGGACCAAAUUUUCUAACAGUGACAAUGACAGGAAAGGUAGACAUUAAUCAACCUCGAGGAUGUACCUAAUGCAACACAUUUGAUCUCUUUCUAUUUUCCAAUAAUCAGAGUGUCAGUGGUAUUAAAUAAUCCUCGAGUUGAUAGAAAAUCAAUGAACGGAAGAAAAGUCUGAAGUGUGACAGCAAUCUUGAUGUUCUGAGACGAGUUAGUGCUUUACAAUAUAGUGUAUAAAGUUUCUCAACAUAUAAUUGGUGACAUGAGCUAUUUUAGUAGAUCAGUGUGAGAGUGAUCGAGUUUUAACAUUAGUGAAAAUAGAAUUGAAGCGUUGAAUGACGUUGGAUGAUGAAGAUAAUAUCAGUGCACAUACCUCGGAAAUGAAUGUCAUCGAAAUUUUCGACAGAUAAUUUGUCAGUUAACGGAUUUGAUAGUAAUUAUAAAUCACCAAGACUUUCAUUGACAUCAAAAAUAACCGUUUAAACUUCAAUUGUCAUUCAAUUUUGAUAAAGACAGAUGCCUCGAAGAAAACAACACGCACCGCAACGCAUGAAAUGUAAGUAGUGGUCUCCAAUCGUUUGAAAAGCAAGCGGCCCAUCUCGCCGCGCCGGACGGAAGAUAUGCGCAGCAAGCAGCAACCGAGGCCUUCCUUCCGGUGGCCGCAACAACGCGGCGAUAACGUUACCGGGGAAGAUGGAAUCGAGAGUUCAGGUCCUGGUACAGAACUCCAGGCUGAUGAGGGUGAAUGUAUUGAUGAAGAUGGUCCGAUAAGUCCAAGUGAAAGAAACUGUCCACCUGUAGCUAAAGAAGAUGAUGAAGCUGAUGCAACUGAUGAUGAGGACUCAACUCCGAGUCCCUCAACACCACCUCCAUCAGUAUCUUCAAGGUUAAAUCCUAUCAACGUUCGGGACACAGGACCUCCCGAUAGGGAACCAAUGAGUCCUAGUCCUCGUUGUUCUUCUAGAGAUUCUCGGGGAUCGUCAGGACCGGCAGCUGGAAGUCCUCCACCUCAAGCCAAUAGAAGUAGCGCAAGUCCAGUAAGUCCAAGCAAUCUUGUACCACUGGCAAAUCAUCCCCUAUUACCUCCUCAUUCUGCUGCCGUUAUGGCAGCAUAUAUACAGCAAACCCACCAGAGAUUGCUACUAGGGCACUCACCUUUAUCAGCUCGUGGCUCUGUUUCACCAUUGGUCACUUCUUCGUGUUCACCACCUGCAGCGACGCCUGGUAUUCUUGUCUCACCAACUAGUGGCGGUGAAGUAUCGCCUGCAGCGACUCCAUUACCAACAGUUCUUGACUUUAGUACAAGAAAGACUUCAUCAGCCGAGGAAGAUGAAGACGAGCACAUUUUAAAUCUGAGUAAACCACCUACGCCAUCAUCUUCAAGUGAAACAAAUAAUGGGCCUUUAGAUCUCUCGUUAUCAAGUCGAAAACGACCGAGUCGUGAAGGUGAAUCACCACCGCCCCCUCCAAGAAAAUCAUCGAGACUUGGAUCAAAUACACCUGUUGUUCAUCAAGAAUCCUCAACAACAAUUUCAUCGUAUCCUAGACCACCCGUAGUAUCUCCCUGGACAUCACCAGUUGUUGCAUCACAUUUUCCGUACUUUGCAGCAGCAGUUGCAGCGGCUACUAGUCAACAACAACUUUCUCCGAAAAGUACACCAGUUUUAGGUGAUCAUCAUCAAUUAUGGAAUGGUAAAAUUAAGCCACCAGCAACGUUAGAUAAACCAUAUCAACCAAGUGAAGCAACAAAGGCUUUAGAAAAAAUGAGUGAACUCAGUAAACUUGGAGGAGAAGAACUUUACAGGCCGUCUAGUGGUGUUGGUUCAGGUAAUAGUUCUUCUGGAAGUAAUCCAAGUGGAGCAUCUGGAAGUCGUCAUAGUGCUUGGCAAUCACAUUGGUUAAAUAAAGGUGCUGAUCAAGCUAAAGAUGUACUUAAAUGCGUUUGGUGUAAACAAAGUUUUCCUACUCUUGCAGCAAUGACGACACAUAUGAAAGAAGCUAAACAUUGUGGUGUUAAUAUGCCUGUUCCACCACCAUCAUCGGCUAUUCAUUCACAUUCUUCAUCAAUUCCUACAAUACCUCCAUCUCAACAAACUCAACAGCAGCAACAUCAAUCACAAAAUGCUUCAGCUGGAAGUAGCAAUAAUGGUCAUACAACGCCCAGCAGUAAACAAAGUCCAUCAGAAUUGAAUCUUCUUAUAAAAGAAACAAUGCCACUUCCACGAAAACUCGUACGUGGCCAAGAUGUUUGGUUGGGUAAAGGUGCAGAACAAACGAGACAAAUUUUAAAAUGUAUGUGGUGUGGUCAAAGUUUUCGUUCAUUAGCAGAAAUGACUUCACAUAUGCAACAAACUCAACAUUACACAAAUAUAAUUUCUCAAGAACAAAUUAUAUCAUGGAAAUCAUCAGAUGAGGGUAAAAGUAGUAGUGGAGUCCCUAAUACUGGUAUCGGUAGCACUGGAACAGGUACAAAUACUGGAAUGCCACCUGGAAGUGGAGGACAACAUGGAAAUACUGGUGGUCCAGGAGUGGGAAGUGGUACAAGUAGCCAUGUUAGUGCAGUACUUACUUGUAAAGUUUGUGAUCAAGCAUUUAGCUCUUUAAAAGAGUUAAGUAAUCACAUGGUAAAAAAUUCACAUUAUAAAGAACACAUAAUGCGUUCUAUAACUGAAAGUGGCGGCCGUAGAAGACAAACACGAGAAAAGAGAAAAAAAUCAUUACCUGUACGUAAACUUUUAGAAUUAGAAAGAGCACAAAAUGAAUUUAAAAAUGGUGACACUACUGCUGGAUUAGCGCAUAGUUUAGUAAAACAUGCAGGCAGAAUAACUUGUGAAAAAUGUGGUGAUAAAAUAGAAACUAGUGUUUUUGUAGAACAUAUUCGUCAAUGUAUCGGUGCAGGCACCGUUGGAAUCAAUCAACGUAAUUUUUUAAAGUCUGCUCUUAUGUCUAAUAAUAUGCCACAAGUCCUUCCGUCAACUGAAAGUGGUCGAAAAAGUGUCAAUGAGGACACUUCUUCAGUGUCUUCAAGGCAUCAUCGAUCGCCAUCUUCAGCAAGUGAUACAACAACUCCAGGUAAAGAUACACCAACUCCUAGUGCCAAUGAAUCUACAAGUACUACAUCGUCACCUUCUGUACUUAAUGCAAUUGAAAAAUUAAUUGAAAAAAGUUUCGAUUCACGUGGUCGUCAUGGAUCUACGAGCUUACAUCAUGCUCAACCAGGAGCUCCCAUGGGUUCUAGUAUUCUUAAACGUCUUGGAAUUGAUGAGAGUGUCGAUUAUACUAAACCACUUGUAGAUCCUCAAACGAUGAAUUUAUUACGAAGUUAUCAACAACAGCAUUAUAAUUCUGCAACCGUCGCAGCAAGAAGAGAAAGAAGUGGUAGUGAAUCAAGUUCGAUAUCAGAACGUGGAAGUAACAGAACUGAUACAAUGACUCCGGAAAGACGAUUAGAUCUCUCAGUCAGUCAUGAUCGACUUUCAACUUCUUCGUCAUCUCAACGUCAUCGUAAUUCUCCUGACAAACCAAAUCCAACUCCAAGUCGACACUCGAUGCCUGAAGAAUCCGGUGAUGAAGAGUCUAUAGUUGUAAAAAAAGAACCACGUGAUGAUGAUGGUGAACCACCUAUUAAUGAAGAUGAACCACCGAAAGACAUAAUUGUUAAAAAAGAAAUUGAAGACUCAAGAGAUGAAGAUGAAUCAUCAACUCCUUAUAAUUGUCAUGGACGAAAUAAUAUUCAUGAAAGUACUGAAGAAACAGGAGAAGCAUCUUCACCUCAAAUAAAUCCUCCAACACCACGAUCUGGUGGUCAAGGAGAACAACAACAUCAACAAACAGCUCGAAGUCCUUGUAGAAAUAGUACAAGUAGUCCAGCCAGUAGUGAUCGUUCAGUAACUCCACGAGGAACUCCUGAUACUAAAACAACUAGUAGUCUUGGUGCUCUUUCUUCCAUGUUUGACAAUUUAUCGGGUGGUGGAGGUAGUGGUAAUGGUGGUAAUAGUGGAAUGACUGGUAAUGUCGAAAAUCAAAAUCGGAAAACUAGCAGUCAUCCACUUGCAGCUUUACAAAAACUCUGUGACAAGACUGAAACUCGUGGCCCUAGUAGUUCCAGUAGUACAAGAUCUUUAAAUCCAAGUCAAUCAUUGGCCGUUGGAGGAAGUGGAAGUUCUUCGGGUUCUAAUCAAGGAACAGGACCAACACCAGGAGCUAUACUUGCUUUUAGUUGGGCUUGUAAUGAUGCAGUUGUUACUGCUGAUUCAAUAAUGAAAUGUGCAUUUUGUGAUACACCAUUUAUUUCGAAAGGUGCUUAUAGACAUCAUUUAUCAAAAAUGCAUUUUGUCAAAGACGGAGUUAUUCCUGAUCCUCUAACGAUCGGUAGAUCAGCUGCUGCUGCUGCCGUAGCUUUAGCGGCAUCUCAAUCAACCUCUACCGGACCAUCAAGUCAUAAUGCAUCAUCACCACCAAGUUCACAACGCAACAAAUCACCACCUGUUCCUCAGGCGAAUGGAAGUCCCUCUCAAUCAGCAACCUCACCACUCGAGGAAAGUCCACAUUCAAAAUUUCUCAAGUAUACGGAGCUAGCUAAACAAUUGUCUAGCAAAUACGUAUAGUCCGAGUCCCGUAAGUAGCGGUGCCAUUUGUAUAUAAGUGUAUGUAUAGUAUAAUGACUGCAAACGAGCAACGUAGUCAAAUAGAUAGUAUCCCUUUAUCCUAUUAAAUUCUUAUCGCAUUUUAACGCUGAUGAUCGAAAGAUUGACUGAAGAUACAUCACGUUGAAUGGUUGUAUUGUUGUUACAACGCGAGUAUCAUAAUUGUUUUAAUAAUUCAAAUGAAUCUCUCUUUUGAUCAUUUACGCGUUAUGUGUGUCUGAUAAUUGUCAUUCCUUGUCGACGUAUAUUAGAAUGCGUUCGGCUUAGUAUAACGAUAUUUUCUUCCCCUAAAAUGGGAUAGACUGGUAGGGUGGCUUUAUGCGCUCAUCUUCUCUUACGUUCUCCCUCUCUCCCUCUCCUUCUCUCUCUCCAUGUAAAUUUAUUUUGUAAUUCACAUCAUUUUAUUCUUUAUUGACAUUUUUUGUGUAAUAUAAAUUGUCCAUCAUUUUUAUAAAAAUUUAAAAAUAAUUCCUCUUUAAUUUAAUUGUUUUUCUAAUUACACAUUGUAACUAUUAAUUAAUUAAUAUUUGUACUUGUUUUCUGUCUCUAAAUUAAUCAAUCUUUUUGUCAUAAAAUUAUAAUCAGUAAUUCUUGAAUUUUUUUCUUUAUCUAUGUAUAGAUAAAUAUUAUUUCUGUAUUUAUUUUUAAAAAGAAUAUGUUAAAUGUUUAAAUUUUUAUGUCAAUAAUGCAAAAAAAGAAGUCUAAGACUCAAUAAUGACAAUGACAAACAGAAGAUUUAAAAUUCUCGAAAUAAAUAUACGUGCGUGUGCGUGUACGACAAGUAUGGAGUGGUUAAUUAAUUGUGAUGUCACCAUAUCUCGCGGCAUUGCUGAGUCACGUGGCUCGGCACGCGGCCAAGUUUGUGAUGUUUCUAAUAAAUACUUAAGCAAUUCAAUGCCUGACAAAAGUCGACUAGAAGUCAAAAAAUGGUCAAAUAUAAAAAUUGAUUAUUAAAAUCUGAAAAAAGGAGAAUUAAUUAAGAUUGAUGAAAAAAAAAACAAGAAAAAUAAUCUAAACAUAAAAUAGAAGAAGAAAAAAAAAACAAUUGAUUCGUAAAAAGGCUUAUAUAUCAUCUGUCAUAAAAAUUGACUGUCAGUAUGUAUACCAUUAUUAAUAUAAGAAUUUUAGAAUAUUAAACAUAGAAUAGAUUGGCAUUUGCCUACAUCAAAUGUCUUUAUUGAAAUCUGUAGGAAUAAUGUACAAGAAAACUAUAUUUUAUCGCACAUAAUACACUGAAACAAGAAUUGCAUAAUUGAAAUAACAUAUAUUUAUUUAAUUUUUUAAACCUAAACAUUUACAUUUAUUAUAUCAGACUAAAUGAUUAAUUUAUACAUUUAUAUUUUUUGAUAUUUUCAAUCAAACGAAUAAAAAAAAAAACAUCUUAAUGUCAUCAAAUGGAAGUGAAUUAGGAGAAAAAGAAGCAUAUAAAUAAGAAAAUGAAGAUUUAAAUGAAUAAAUACAGCAGAUAAUUAAUUUGAUAAAUUGUAAAUAAAUUUUUGAUUCAGUGUAUAAUAAAAAAAAAGGGAGAGUUAGAUGAGAAAAGAUGAGUGCGCCACACGGUGCAAUACCGAGAUUUAUUGUAAUAAUAGUAGAUGUCAUCAAUUAAUUAUGUCAAUGUAGCGAUAAUUAUACAUUAUUUUAUUGUAAUAUUUUUGUUUUUAAGUAUGAUGCACGAUAAAUGAUUUAUCGUGGACAGAGACCAUUGUACAUUUUAUUUGUUUAAAGAUAUAUUUAUUAUUGCGUCAAUCGAGAGCCCACUUGUGUCAUUACGUGUAAAAUAUUGUCAUUAUCAUUCGAAUUAUCGCGAUAGUGUGUAUAUUAAAUUGAAAAAUUAUUAUUAUACAUAUAAAUUUAAUAAAAAAUAAUGCCGAACAGUGAUAUUGUAUGAAAAAGGGCGUGAAUGAAUGUGAUAUAUUGAAUGAAUGAAAUUUAGAAACACGAUCAAUGAUGUAGUAAUAAAAAAAAACAAAAAAGUAUAUGGAUGCAUGAUUAAAUAAUGCUGAAUAUAUUGAAAAGUAGAUUAUUGUACGGCUCCAAUUAAUUUCGGAAAAAAAUAGACAUAAAACACUUGUAUACGUAUUCCUUGUAAACUCUAAUUCUUCCAUCGCAAACUUUUAAAGUAUUUAUCAUUAUAAUAAUAUUAACAUUAUUAUUGUAAUUAUAUACGACUGCUGAGAGUAUAAUUAGAUGAUUGAGACACGAAUAUUCGUGGUACUGAGAUACAGAGUGAGUUUAUUGAAUUGUAUUUAAUUCGAUAAUACAUCUAAUACUGAUGAAAACAAAAUUAAUGAGAAAAAAAAUGAAAAUAAAUUAAAACAAAAUUAUUGUAAACUCUAAAAUUUUCAAAAUAAAAAAUAAAUAUUAAAUAAAAUUCAUGUAUGUACACAAUUGGAUAUAUGUAAAUAAAAAUAUAUAUAUCUAAGUGUAUAUGUACAGUAUGAAAAAAAAAACAUUCACAAAAAUAUGCAUCAUGUAUACG